AAAUAGGAGUUUUUUCGUUAAAAUUUGUCCAAUUUCUUCUUUUUUUUUUUUAUGUUCUUCAAUUUACUUUUCUUGCUAUACCUUGAUUCCUACCAAAAAUACCCAAAAAAACUUACUUUGCACAGUUGCUGCUGCAUGUUACACCAAGAGCAACGCAAGAAGCAAUUAUAGAAAGAAAGUUUUGAAAUGCGGAUGAUGAAGGCUGUAAAGUGGAAGUGUUUUGUCAUGAAUUCAGUGAGACUUUCUUUCCAUAAGCAGUGCUACUUCUCCUCUUCUACCUCGUCAUCUUCACUUCCAUGGAUCUCCCCUCUACAGUUUGUAAAAGCCAAGUCUCGAAAAGCAGAUCCUCCAGAAAUGUCACAUGCCUCUAUGGAGUCUCAAAGGAAACCGAAAUUUAUUUCUCACGAAACUGCCAUCAACUUGAUUAAACGUGAGAAAGAUCCACAACGGGCUUUAGAAAUAUUUAACAGGGUGUCAGAGCAGAAAGGCUUUAGCCAUAACAGUGCCACUUAUGGAUCCAUACUUCACAAGCUUGCGCAAUCAAAGAAGUUUAAGGCCAUUGACUCAUUACUUCGUCAAAUGAUCUAUGAAACUUGUAGAUUUCAUGAAGGUAUAUUCCUCAAUCUCAUGAAGCAUUUCUCAAAGUUUUCUUUACAUGAUAGGGUGCUUGAGAUGUUCAAUGCCAUUCAGCCCAUUGUUCGUGAAAAGCCCUCGCUGAAAGCUAUUAGUACUUGUCUUAAUCUCCUGAUUGAAUCAAACCAGGUUGAUUUGGCACGAGAUUUUCUAUUGAACUCCAAGAAAUCUCUCAGGUUGAGACCCAACACAUGCAUUUUUAACAUCUUGGUUAAACAUCAUUGUAGUAAUAGAGAUCUUGAAUCCGCGUUUGAGGUUGUAAAGGAGAUGAAAAAGUCCCAGGCUUCUUAUCCCAAUCUGAUUACCUACUCAACCUUGAUGGGCGGUCUCUGUGAAAGUGGAAGACUUAAAGAAGCCGUCGAACUGUUUGAGGAAAUGGUUGGAAAGGAUCAGAUAUUGCCCGAUGCCCUAACCUAUAAUGUGUUAAUUAAUGGCUUCUGUCGCGAAGGAAAAGUUGAUCAGGCCAGAAAGAUAAAGGAGUUUAUGAAGAACAAUGGUUGCAGCCCUAAUUUAUUCAACUACACUGCCUUAAUGAAUGGGUUAUGCAAGGAAGGAAGGUGGCAAGAGGCCAAGGAGCUUUUUGUUGAGAUGAAGAGCUCAGGUCUGAAACCUGAUACAGUUGGUUAUACUACAUUGAUUAAUUGCCUUUGUAGGGAAGGUCGAAUUGAUGAGGCGAUGGCGUUGCUUAAGGAAAUGAAGGAAUACGAAUGCCAAGCAGAUGUUGUUACUUUAAAUGUAUUACUUGGGGGAUUAUGCAGAGAAGCUAGGUUUGAAGUGGCACUUCAGAUGCUCGAGAAACUGCCUUUUGAGGGUGUUUACUUGAACAAAGCAAGUUACAGAAUUGUAUUGAACGCAUUGUGCCAGAAGGAUGAAAUGGAGAAGGCAACUAAUCUGUUGGGUCUGAUGCUGGAGAGGGGUUUUUUCCCGCAUCAUGCAACAUCGAACGAUCUGUUAAUUCGACUUUGUAAAGCCGGAAUGGUAGACGAUGCAGUUACGGCAAUGUCGGGAUUGGUCGAAACUGGGUUUAAACCUGAACUACAUUGCUGGGAGUUUCUAAUUGAACUGAAUUGCAAAGAAAGGAAGUUGAUCCCUAUGUUUGAACUACUUGAUGAGUUGGUCAUAAAAAGAAUGUAGUCAUAAUCAUAUAGGUGGUAUCUAUUCUCCUGAAUCAAUUGGAAACCCUAUUUGCCUGUAAAACUUCCUUUUUGUGAUAAAUUUGAGCAUUUGAUUC